AAGGCAUCGAACCAUAACUCCAAACCUAUCAACUUCUUAUCGUAUUGUCACUUCUCUCUUUCUCUCUCUCUUCACUUAUCCUCAAAGCCAACCGCAGUUGACCACCUCUCUAGAGUCGUUGCACACAAGAAAAUUUUACUCACAAUUUAGAAAAGAGCAUCUCAAAUAUUCCAAAACGUUCUACAUACGAUUAAGAAUGGUAUCUCUCCUUCAAAGCAAUGAAACUGUUGUUGGGAAGGAAGAUUCAACAACCCCAGAAGAAGAAACCAAGACAAUACAAGGACCAACCACAAGACUUAUUUCACUCCACCUUAUCUUUCUUCUUCCAUCCCUUGAGUAACUUCCAAGACUUUUCCUUUUUCCUUAAUUCUAUUCUUCCAAUUCACCUUCAUACCCACACAAUCCUCCAUGGAGAAACAACACCACUACAGUCUCGUGUUAACCUUCAGCAUAGUCAUCUCCCUCGGCCUUGCCACCUUCGCUUCAUGUUUUAUUGCUGAGAGUAAGAAAGCACAGGUAAAAGAUCUGAAGGUGGACGGAAAGCUGUGUUAUUUACCAGGGAGUAAUGCAUACAAAUAUGGAGUUGUGGCUCUGGUGUGUCUUGGUAUUGCUCAUGUUGUUGGGAACCUGCAAAUCUGUGCAAACUUUUGUUCAAGAGGGAAGAGAAGCAGUAGCAAGGCUAAGACACCUGCAAUUGUUACAGUUGUUGUGAUUUUUUCUUGGAUGUGCUUUGGAGUGGCUGCUAUUUUAAUAACUACAGCCACGAGUAUGAGCAGGAGACAGCCAUAUGGGCAAGGUUGGUUGGACCGAGAGUGCUAUUUGGUGAAAGAUGGUGUAUUUAUUGGCUCAGGGGGUCUAGCCCUCGUUAGCCUAGGUUCAACUUUGGUUGCAGCAUUUUUGACCCGAAGGAAGAGUUAUGUAGAACAAGGCCGAAGAAUACAUGCGCAGACAGGAUGAAAAUCACAAAAUGGGGCAAGUUUUUAAAACCAUUCUUUGAGCUUCAUCAAGUAAGAGCUACACCAGGUGAUGGCAUUUGAAUGAUAAAGAUGGUGCUCAAGUGGGUACCAGAGGCUUUUGAUCUCUGCCUAUUUUUCAAAAGAAAUCAUAAAUCUUCAACAAAAAAUGACACAGACAGUUCAUUUGUAUAAUUUUAUAUUUUCCCACUCAGCUUUUUAGUUGAUUUCGAUGGAUCUUCCAUCCCAUCAAAAGAAGUUAUUAUAUUAUUUUAAAUCAUUUGGAAAAAAAUUAAGUACAAAUGAUGGAUAAUAACAGGCAAAAAUGAACUGGUUUGCAAGUGUUUAUUUCGA